AUGGGAUCGUCGUGUUUAUCUGGAGUGCUCACGCUGCUUCACACCGCGUGUGGAGCUGGUAUUUUGGCAACACCGUACGCUUUUAAACCCUUCGGACUGUUGCUCGGGUUUCUCAUGAUUCUGUUUUGUGGAUUAUGUUCCUUGACAGGACUUCUUAUCCAAGGCCGGGUGUCUAAAUAUGUGGAAUCGAGAAAUGCAUCGUUUUUCGCUUUAGCGCAAGUCACAUAUCCACAGUUGAGCGUGGUUUUCGACUUGGCAAUUGCAGUGAAAUGCUUUGGAGUGGGUGUCUCGUAUCUGGUGGUCGUUGGCGAUUUGCUACCGCGAAUCUUUGGCGUUUUCACGUCGCAUGCUUUGUUUCUAAACCGAAACUUCCACAUUACGAUGGUGAUGCUGUUUAUCGUGUCACCACUUUGUUUUUUGAAAAAACUCAGUUCUUUGCGUUAUGCGUCUAUGGUUGCCAUUUCAUCCGUGGCGUAUCUGUGUGGGCUGGUUCUGGUGCAUUUUUGGUGGCCCUCUGAGGAAAUUCGAGAACUGAAAGGCGACGUGAGUCUGGGAGUACCAUCGGGUUCUGUCACGGCUCUAUUUAGCUGCUUCCCCAUCUUCGUUUUCGCCUACACUUGCCACCACAAUACGUUCUCCAUAAUCAAUGAGCUACAGAACAAUUCAGUGAACGCUAUCUACCAAAUGGCAUCGAUUUCCGUUUUACUAGCAAUGACGUUGUACCUGGCGAUAGGUGGCAGUGGCUACGCAACUUUUGGCGACCACGUUGUCGGCAACAUCAUCACGCUUUACCCGCAGUCCCCAGCAACGACCAUUGGACGCAUUGCAAUCGCACUUUUGGUGAUGUUGGCGUUUCCCUUGCAAUGCCACCCCGCCAGGGCUUCAAUUGACCACAUGCUGCAUUUUUUCAAGGCGCGCACUGAAACGCACGCACAGCAGCUUGAGACUUCCCAGCUCAUAGACCCGGUGACGGAGGGCGAUCGCGAGAUCUUGGCAGAAGAAGGAGCUUCUCGACAACAAGUUGCAGUUCCUCUCGAGGGCAAGCGUUUUGUCAUGAUAACCGUUUCCAUUCUUAUCUGCGCCUAUCUUCUCGCCGUGUCUGUGACAUCGUUAGCUCGGGUCUUGGCCGUCGUUGGGGCUACUGGUUCAACAUCCAUUUCCUUCAUUCUUCCGGGCAUUUUCGGCUACAAACUGAUCGGCUCCGAGUACGACGACGCAAGCCAGAUGCCCGCGUCCUCGCAUCGUCUCAAAUACCUCUCCUUAAUCUUAUCUUUCUGGGGGGUUUUCGUGCUCAUAACAUGUUUGUCCGCGACUCUUUUUUUUGGUGCUGGUCACUAA